AUGCUUCCGCCUGGGCGCAAUGGCACCGCGCAUCGGGCGCGAUUGGGGCUGCUGCGGCAGCUAGCGCAGGCGGGCGCCCCAGGGGACUCAGCGGCCCAGCUGGGACCCGCGCAGGUGGUUACCGCCGGCCUCCUGACUCUCCUCAUAGUCUGGACCUUGCUUGGCAAUGUGCUAGUGUGUGCAGCCAUCGUACGCAGCCGCCACCUGCGCGCCAAGAUGACCAACAUCUUCAUCGUAUCCUUAGCAGUCUCGGAUCUCUUCGUGGCAUUGCUGGUCAUGCCCUGGAAGGCCGUAGCUGAGGUGGCUGGGUACUGGCCCUUUGGGGCGUUCUGCGAUGUCUGGGUGGCCUUUGACAUCAUGUGUUCCACUGCCUCCAUCCUGAAUCUGUGUAUCAUCAGUGUAGACCGCUACUGGGCUAUCUCCAGGCCCUUUCGCUACGAGCGCAAGAUGACCCAGCGCGUAGCCCUGGUCAUGGUGGGCCUGGUUUGGGCCUUGUCCAUCCUCAUUUCCUUCAUUCCGGUUCAACUCAAUUGGCACAGAGACAAGGCAGGCUCCCAGAGCCGAGAGGACCUAUUGUCCAAUGGGACGCCCUGGGAGGAAGGCUGGGAGCGAGAAGGCAUGGCAGAGAACUGUGACUCCAGCCUGAACCGAACUUACGCCAUCUCCUCCUCGCUCAUCAGCUUCUACAUCCCGGUGGCCAUCAUGAUCGUGACCUACACUCGCAUCUACCGCAUUGCCCAGGUGCAGAUCCGCCGGAUCUCCUCCCUGGAGAGGGCAGCUGAGCAUGCUCAGAGCUGUCGGAGUCGCGGGGCCUGCGAACCUGACCCCAGCCUGCGAGCAUCCAUCAAGAAGGAGACCAAGGUUUUCAAGACACUGUCAGUGAUCAUGGGGGUCUUCGUGUGUUGUUGGUUACCUUUCUUUAUACUGAACUGUAUGGUUCCUUUCUGCAGCAGUGGGGAUGCCCAGGGCCCAAGGACUGGCUUCCCUUGCGUCAGUGAGACCACCUUUGACAUAUUCGUCUGGUUCGGCUGGGCCAACUCCUCUCUCAACCCCAUCAUCUAUGCCUUCAAUGCUGACUUCCGGAAGGUGUUCGCCCAGCUGCUGGGAUGCAACCACCUCUGCUUCCGGACCCCCGUGCAGACUGUGAACAUCAGCAAUGAACUCAUCUCCUACAAUCAAGACACCGUCUUCCAUAAGGAGAUCGCUGCUGCCUAUGUCCACAUGAUCCCGAAUGUGGUGUCCUCUGGAGACAGGGAGGUGGGGGAGGAGGAGGAGGAGGGGCCUUUUGAUCACAUGUCCCAAAUCUCUCCAACCACCCCAGAUGGUGAACCGGCUGCCCAAUCUGUCUGGGAGCUUAACUGUGAGGAGGAGGAGCUUUCCUUAGGCAAAAUCUCCCCUCUCACCCCCAACUGUUUCCAUAAAACUGCUUAG